AAUCGCAGCACAUGCGCGGAAUCACUGUUGAAAGCUGUGAAGAUUCAGGUUAAGAGACUCCGAAAUAAUUUACGUUUCGAAAACAUAAAAACGACGUACAAAAACUCGUAUACGUGCGUAGUGUAUUUCGUUUCACAGAUAAACGAUAAAUGUGACACGGUGACAAUUCAUGAUUACGCGACUAAAUAAACGUGCUUGUGGAAGUUAUUUAUUUGUUACGCGAGAAAUGUCGAAACAGCGGUCUGCGAAAAAUGAGAAGAUGCGGAAGGAGACAACCACCGAUAAUCAAUCUACGGGACCUGUGGUUUUAAAUAAAGAUGGAAAUGUAGUAAUAAAAAUUCAGGCUAAACCCGGAGCAAAAUGUAACAAUGUAACCGAUAUUUCCGAUGACGCAGUAGGCAUUGCAAUCUCAGCCCCACCAAUGGAAGGUGAAGCAAAUGCCGAACUUGUUAAAUAUUUAGCCUCGAUUUUUGAUCUAAGAAAAUCUGAUGUAUCUUUGGACCGUGGAUCUCGAAGUCGACAAAAAAUAGUUAUAGUGUCGGGAAUUACAACAGAUCAAGUUCUGGCAAAAUUGAAAAGAGAAAUGGGCAAUUAAAAAAUUUCCUUUACUUCAUAAAAAAGCUUUUUUAACAGUAAACGAUUUUCUCUAAUUAAUAUACAUAAUAUGUAUAGAUUU